UCUACCCCGGCGCCCGCUCCAGGCCGCGCCCCGGGCCUCCCUGCGGGCCUCGGUCUGCGCUCGGUGUCCGGGCGGGCCCGGCUAUCCCACGCGCGGGCCCCGCGGCGGCGCCGCUUUCCAGCCGAGCAUGGGGCUCCCUCGGAGGGCAGGGGAGCCGGCGGAGCUGCGCAAGAGCCUGAAGCCACUGCUGGAGAAGCGCCGCCGCGCGCGCAUCAACGAGAGCCUGAGCCAGCUCAAGGGGCUCAUCCUGCCGCUGCUGGGCAGGGAGAGCUCCCGCUACUCGAAGCUGGAGAAGGCGGACAUCCUGGAAAUGACCGUGCGCUUCCUGCAGGAGCUGCCUGCGUCCUCCUGCCCGACGGCAGCGGCCACGCCCUCCGACAGCUACCGCGAGGGCUACCGAGCCUGCCUGGCGCGCCUGGCCCGCGUGCUACCCACCUGCCGCGUCUUGGAGCCCGCCGUGAGCGCUCGCCUGCUGGAGCACCUGCGCCGAAGGGCGGCCAGCGCCACCCCCGACGGCGGGUGCGCUGGGGACCCCUGCGGCCCGCCUGCGCCCUCCCCGCCGCCCGCGCCCGCGCCCUCACCACCGGCGCCUCCCCGGGGCCCUGGCCUCUGGCGGCCCUGGUAGCCCCCUGGCCGGUCCACGGGCCCUGCAGACAGCGCAGGACCAGGAGUGCUGGAGAGACUGAGGACGCUCUUGGUAGCGGCUCCCCUUCGCACCGUGAGGAGCCAGCCUGGUACCUACAACCUGGCCAGACCUGGAUGUUUGUGAGCUGUGUGGCUGACUGAAGUCCAUGCGGGCUCAGCAAAUAAAGGGAAAGGCCCAGUCUCAGCCUGGACUUGGGGUGUCUGGGCUAGAGGUGAGGGGCAGGUCGAUGCAGGGGGAAGAAAAAGCCUCCCACCCCAGUUGGUGGAAAGGCUCUAGAGCUGGGCGGGCCACAGUUGCCCAGGCAGCCCACACACCUGCCCCAGCGCUGGCACCGGCCCAGGGGCUGGGCCAGGAGCUCCCCUGAGCCAGGUGCAGCCAUCUGCUCGGACUGGUCACCGCUCUCCCAACCCUGCUUGGACCUGCCUCUUUGCCAGCUCAUCUUGGGAACCUCUGGGCGCACAGCAGCGGUGGCCUGAGGGGCUCUGCAGACUGCGGAGCCGUGACCUGGGCUCCCUGCCUGAAGCUGCCAGCUAUAGGGACAGGAUGCAGCCAGGGCUCUGUGUCUCUGGGGUGGGGGCUUCCUUAGGUAGUCUUGGGGAUGAUUUAUCUCCCCAAGUACUAAGUUAACACCUGUUUACCACACACCAGGCCAGGUGGUAUUGGGAUGUGAAGAUGGGGCGGGACAGGAAUGAGGGUGCCCUGUGGCCUCAAGAAAGCUUGCCCAAGCUUGAAGGUCCUGGGUCCAGCACAGAGCUGGUGCUGGUGUGAGGUGAGCAGGGCUCAUGUUCUGGAACAGCAGCAAUUCAAGGGAUGGCACAUCAGCUCAAGGAACAGGAACCCCCUUUUCUCAUUUUCUCUUUUGAACUGCUCUCUGCUACUGUCAGGACAGAUAACUGGAAGCAACUUGUUCUUAAGACUUUUCUCUCUUCCUCCUGGAAGCCAGAGAGCCUUCCAAGGUCCGGUGGGGGGUGGGGCUGCGGAUCCCAGCAGUGGGUGCCCAGGAGAAGGCCGGAGCGCCUGUGGCCCACUCUCAGUCGUGUUCCCCGCAUCUCGUGGGGAAUCGCUGAGCAUUUGUGGGAGGUUGGGCGUCCUCCCCGCAGUCCCCAGUCCGCAGUCCAACAGCCUGUGUGAGGGACCAGGGCCCUAGGGGCAAGAAGAUAGAGCUGAUGGGGGGGGGGCACUAAAUUGAUCUAUGCCACAUAAACCCUUGAUGACCUUGGCACUGAUUCUGGUGGCAGGAUGUGGGGAAGUGGUGGGCAUUAUUGAAGAAGUCAAUGUUAAGACAGCAGGGUGCGCCCCCAGCAAGGUGGGCUGUCCUGCUGCCUGUCUGGGCCCAGCUGGCUGGACUGUAAACUCCUGGAGGGCAAGGCUGGGGCUGACUGUAGCUCUUUGUCCCCAAGGAACUUGGCACAUCAAUAAACUUCUUGAGCUAAUGAAUGGGUGAUGUGACUGGCCCACGCUCUACUGAACCCUGACAGCCUGGCUGUUGCCUCGCCUCCCACCCCCAGAUCCCUGACAUCACUUUGAAAAGCUGCUGCAGCAGAGCCUGUGCUCCCCAGGACAAAUGUGGGGGAGGGUGUGGAGAGUAGGGAGGGCAGUGCCUGGGAACGCAAGCCUCCUUUCCUGAGCUGCAGGAGCAAGUGGAGGAGGGCAGGGAACCCACAAGCCCACGCCCACCACUUGAGUUCACGUUUCCUUCUUGGGUCAAGGACUCUCACCCACUGGGCACACACUGGGCAGGUUCCUUUUCUCUUUAAAGAAGAACUUUCAGUACAGGUUGAAACUCAGUAAGAACUGACCAGCCAGAGGCCCCUCUCCUUCUUUCGACCACUGCUUGCUCCUGAGCCCCAUCUGGGUCCCC